AUGCUAAGGACAUACAGAUGCAAGAGUUUCAGUUGUCUGUGGUGGUUAUCUGCUCCUGUGCUGCUAACUGUGGCUUAUGGAAGCAACAUCAGUCACCAUAAUCAGGAGAGGCUGCCUUGCCAGCCAGGUUUUUACUGCCCAGUGGGGAGCUUAACUCCAGUUCCAUGUCCUAAGGGAACCUAUGGACCUUCUGCUGAUGCCAAGUCCAUUGACAGCUGUUUGAAGUGUCCUCCUCACCACUACUGUCCAGCACCAGGUUGUCUGCCUCUCUGCCCUUGGCCCCAGCCACUGUCUGGCCAGGACACUUGCAUCUGUCCAAGAAAAGGGCAGAGGUUUCAGGCCAGCAACGGGCGGUGCCACUGCACCAUCGGCUACCAACCUACCAACGGCGGAGGUGUGUGUGUACACAAACUGUACGAUGUUUGCAGAGAUGGAAAAACACGUACACAGUACGGAGACUGCCGUGACAGAUAUCAGUGGUCGGUUCACUGCAAGCAGCAGGUGUGUCAAUCUGCAGAGAACUAUCAGGGUUAUGAUGGAGAGCUGGGUCUGUGUGUGUGCAAAGAGCCUCCUGGAAGAGCCUCAUGUGGAGGCCUGUGCAGGAACAAGCCAGCUACUGAGCUGAGGCUCCAGUGCCAGUCCAGUGGAGAAAUAAAACUGGCGUGGAGCUUUGACAGUCAGUAUGUGCGAGUGAUGCCUUCAGGGGGCCAGUGUUAUGAGCCUGGCCCUUUCUUCCCCACAAUCCCUCGUCAUGUGACCAGGGUGGGAAUUCGAAGGAGACACAACCUGUUACUGAGGCCAGAUUGGCUGGUGACCGGUGGAGUGCUGUUUGGAGCUGUGGUCAUCCUCUGUAUAUGUGUUACACUGCUGAUCUUGUUUCGUGAGUAUGGAUGGCCAGAGAAGAGGCUGGUCAGGGCACGGUACCGCUUGUUGCAGCUGGCCUAUCACAUGGACGACUACUCAUCUAAAGGUUCAAAGGUGAUCUCACUCAGGAAGACUCACCGAAACCAGCAGGCCAGAAUGACGCAGGACUCUGUCCAACCAGGAGUCUGUGCAGACACCUUGGAGGAGUUCUGGGAUUAUGAACAUCAGGUGGAUCUGGAGGCAUUCAGCAGCAGCACCUUCUACAGCCUCCUGCUCAAACAGAGUCUGUCUGUCACCAAACGACUGGGGCAACUCUCCACUGAGGUAAAGGAGCUAUACCAGGGAGUGCUUGGGAAACUGCAGCUCCUCCGUCCAUGUGUGCUCACUGAGGAGAAGAUGGGGGAGGGUUAUGAGGGGAUGAAGAGGGAGGUGGAGAAGGAGGUGGUGCGACGAAAGGCUUUGGCCUCGCAGCUGAGGACUCUGCUCGAUCAUCAGCUACAGGUCCUGAGGCAGGAGCAGCAGGCCCAGCAGAGGGUCCAAAGCGUGUUCACAACUCAUCUCACAGAAUGCACCAGAUUACUGUCCAAGGUUUAUGGCAACAACCCACCACCCUGUGAAUCACACCAGCAAAAUUUGAUCCAGAGACUAACAUCCCUGGUGGAAGAGAUGGCAGAGCUGGUAUCUGAGGAGUGCCAGCGUCAGGGGGCCUGGGGCUUACUGGGUGAGGAUACAGGGGCCAAGCUGCUGUGCCCUGACACUGGAAAUGUGCUUACCAAGGACCGCAUCUUUGGUCCUGAUGGGUCCUUGCGUGUCUGUCAGGCACUUCGUUGUGAUUCAGUCACAGGCCUCAUAAGGAUAAAUGCUCACAGCCAUAUGCAGUUGACCAGCAGCCACACAGUGGCAGUGCCACCUGAUUACUUCCUCCAUCCACAAACAGGCCGAGUUUUGCCCAUUGCUGGCAAUGUGGCCUACGAUCCCGUAGGCUCUACUUUAGUAUUCACAAACGACACAUGUGCAGGUGACAAUAGGAGGAAGUGGGACAGUCCCCUCCUUCCUUUCAUUCCUUACCCAACCUCCUGCCAGUCAGACCAGCCUCUGUCCGGCACUCGACUCCGAGGCCUCAGACCGGGUCAGAGACUGCAGUUAGGAGCUCCCAUGGCAGACCCACAUACGGGAGUCCCAGUACCCAUUCUGGCUGUAACCAUUCACCCCGAGACCGGACUAGUUUACCCACUGGGAGGGGUGCACAUCUGCCCUCUCACCCGCCUCCCACAGCCCAUACAGAUUGGGUAUCCCAUGUUGGAUCCCAGGACAGGGAACAUUGUGCUCACUGUUGGGGUCAGUUUAGAUCCAGUAACAGGGGCUGUGCUGCCAGUAGGUGGAGCUCUGCUGGCAGAGUCCUUCAUCGAACCUCUGAGUGGCCGAAUGAUGAGAGUGGGAGGGGCCAGCAUCCGGGCUGCACAGCUGGCGCUUAAUGCAGGAGGAUACCAAACUUUGCUAAACAACCAGGUUCUUGCAUCUAUGUUCAAAGUACUGGAACUCCUUAAGCCGCUAAACAAAGAGUGGGGUUCAGAUCCGGCUUUACAGCAGCUGCAGCCCUGUCCAGCCGGUGAGAGAGGGAGUGGUCGACAAGAUGAUCUUCUUGCUGCAGCCAAGGAGCUGGAGCAGUCGUGGGGGCGGAGCCUACACUGCCAGCUGCAGCUACAGACCAGGUUGGAGAUCCUGAUGGACUGGGCUGAGGGUCUCCAAGAGGAUGGGGGGACUCUGGGAGAGAUGCAUCUCCCCGGCUCGGAUAUGUGUGUGCCGGCUCUGCUGGGCAUAGAGUACCCUGAUCCCAUGGGAUCUGGUCUGAGUGUACCUGUGCUGGGGUGUCAGCCUGACCUUAUCUCUGGGGUUACAGUGCCAUUAGCAGGGACCAUGGAGGACCCCGAUGGAAAUGGGCUGGUGGCGAUCCGUUAUGGCUCCCAGACCGUUGACCCAGUGACAGGGGUGCUGGCCCCUGUGGUCGGAGCCAGGCUGGAUGUGUCCAGAAAAAACAUUGUACCUGUUACAGCUUCCUACUGGCUAGCAGUGGUGGAUCAAACUGACAGUGUGCAGGUAGAGGCACUGCAGAGAGAAGUGUGUGUGCGAAACACUUACUGGCAGCAGCAGAGACAGCGGGAAGAAGAUAUUCUCUCUGAUUUGGACUCAACUCUGUUCCAGUGUCUCUUCAGGGUCACAAAAGCGAAUUCUUCUCAGGACCAGUGGUCAGGAAGGCAGCUGAGGGAAGCAGCCGUGGAGCUGCAGGAUUCAGCGCAGGCUGAGGCCCAGAGGAGAGCAGGCCAGCACUCCCACUUGGCUCUGAUCCUUUCUCCACAUGUUUUAGACAUCCUGACACUGGGUGAUGAGGAGGAGUGGGACCGGCAGUGUGCUUGGCACUCAGAACUCAUGUCAGGCCUUGAUAAGGCAGAUUUGUGGAUAGAGCAGUGGCAACAAGACCAAGAAAAAUGGACAACACAGGGAGGAGACUGGGCUACAGCUUUGCAUGCUGUGGACAGAGAGCUGAGAGUGAGAGAGCUGUGGGAGCAGUGUUGUUCCACACAGACAGAGUUGGAGGCUGCUCUCAGUGUGCUGUGCUUCGCCAGACACCUUUCUCAGCUUCGCGCAGACACUUCUCAGGCAGUACUGUGUGGGAACUUUUGGUACAAGGAGUAUGGUCUGAUCCAGUGCAGUGGGUGCAUACUGACUACAAAGGUCACGGGUUUGCUCCAACAGAAGGCUUUGCCUCUGCUGGAGAGACUGAAACAGCUCCUGGAAGACAAGCAACCUGCCAGCUUCAUUUCCAGUGCCUGCAAUCAGAACAUCUCUGAAAUCCAGCUAAUGAAAGAGAAUCAUCCUACACAUAUCACUGUCCCCGUCAUUCCAGAAGAGGCCUGGGCCAAGCUGCUGGAGCUGUCUCCUCUGUUUCAGCUAUUGAAGGUGGUGGAGCGACAGCUGAAGGGCUGGGCCUGUGGGACAGGGCUUCUGAGAGGAGAGCAUGCUGACAGAGGGAAGAGUUUUGCAGAUGUCCUCGAUGCUCAGUGGGAAUGUGAGGGAGAACUUGUGCCUUUGGACCCUUCAGUCCUUAACCCAAGAGAGUUCCUGGUCUACCAGCAUGGACUAUUCCUCAUGCACAUGUUACAUAAUCUAAAACUGACUCCAGCCGUUUCACUUCAGAUAGCUGCUAGUCUCCCAGAAAACAACUACUUCCACAAUGCCUUCAGAAAUUCAUUCUUUUAUCAGGAGGCAGAGGAGACUCUCUUUGUCCGUCGCCAGAGGCUGCAGUCAGUAGGAGGCUUCUCGCUGCUGCUGCUCCACUGUCUCGCCCAUGUCAAAAUUAAAGACAUGAGCUCUGACUCUAGUCCUGCAUUCCAGAGACUUUUCUUCAAGGUACUGCAGGCAUGUCUGGGAGAGUUGUUUCAGGCCAGACUCAGCAUGCCCUCCUCUGGACAGGAAGCCAAUUUGUGUGAGUGGUUUCAAUACCAAGGGCCUCCUUCAGGAGACCUAAAGGAGACUCUGUCAGAUGCUCGUGCUGCCUCCCUCCUUUACAGAAUUCACAAACCAAGUAGAGGAUUGUUGUCUGAAGAUGAAGUUGAAGAACUUCAGAGGAAGCACCAAGAAACAUCUCUGUUCUCCCAUCUUGAAGAACUUUUGAUAGAGAAGAGCUCUGAAGCCACAAAGUAG